AUGGACUUCACGUCGUCGGAUGUGACCGAUCGGUCGAAGCCGUUCGAUUUCGAUGUCACUCACAGAGACCUCAUCCACCAAGUUCUUUCUAUUUGGUUAUUGUUCUCGGUUGCUUUUGAUCAUCACGGUCGACGUCUAGCCACCUGCUCCAGCGACAUGACUUUGUCAGUAUGGGAUCGAUGUCCUGACGGUUCAUGGAAAAAAGCUGCAAGUUGGAAGGUUCACGGUGGUGCCGUCUGGAGAGUCGUAUGGGCUCAUCCUGAAUUUGGCCAGUUGCUUGCCACUUGUUCGUAUGAUCGUAGCGUUCAUAUUUGGGAAGAGAUAAGAAAUUACCCUGAAAAAGCUGUAAAGCUCUGGGCAUAUCUGACGGAUAGUCGGUCAAAUGUGACGGACAUAGGGUUUGCACCGCGUCAUCUCGGUCUUAUUUUGGUUAUGUCAGCACAAGGCAUUGUUCGUAUUUAUGAGGCUGCUGAUGUCAUGGACCUUUCUAGGUGGUCUCUAUGUCACGAGCUUCAGGCGUUCUACACAAGAUGUGGAUGCGUGGAAUGGAGUCGAUCUCGUAUACAUCGACCUCUCUUGGCAGUUUCUUCAGAUGACAAACGUGCUGAGAACGACGAAAGAAUCGUGAUUUACGAGUAUAGUGAAACCUUAAGAAAAUGGCAACGAGUUGCUUCGCUACGCCUUGAUCUUGCCUUUCCAGUAACAGAUCUUCGGUUCUCUCCUAUCGCACUCGCCAACUCUCAUCAACUAGCGGUUGCCGCUGGAGAUGUACACGUGUAUAAUAUCAAGCUCUGUUUCAUUUUACAAAAUGACUUUUCUGGGCAAGACAUUUUGCAGGUUGCUGUUCUCGGUGAUCAACAACGUGCUUGGCGUAUCAAGUACAACGUUACGGGUACAGUACUAACGGCAUCGAGUACUGACGGAACAAUCCGAGUUUGGAAAGCGAUGUUCGUAAAUCAAUGGGCACUGUUAGCCGAAAUGUCAUCAGAAGACUAUAUUGAAGAACGAGAACUACUGAAAAUGAAGGGUGUGCUAUGUGAAACAGGUCGAGGUGACGGAGAAGCUUUUCACAGGAAGACCUACUACUGA